AUGGAUUUCUCCUCUUUGGACAGUUCCUCCAGCUUGUUGUAUUUAAAGAAUGGCAGCGCUUCUGUUUCCAAUUUCCGCUUCUUUGGGUUGCAAGGUGUUGAGGUCGACGAAUUGGUGAAACACGACACCGAGUCGUCUUCUUUCAGCUCGUUCGAGCUCAAUUUGGUCACCACUGUGGCUGUUGUUGCAACCGACCCGGCCGUCAUGGCUCUGCCAAACACGUUGAUUGGGGUCAACGAGGUGUCGUUAAUCACGUCAUCAAACCUGAUUCCAUGA